UUGAUGUCAGUUUGUCAUUUAUUUUAUUUUUUGUUUUCUGUUUUCAUUAUUCGAAAAACAAUCUGCGCGCGUGCUUCUAACUGCAGGUUUAAGCUUGCUUGCUUUAAUAAAAACUAAACUAUGAGCUCACGUGCGUCUGGUAUCUCAGAAUGUGUUGAAGAAAAUGCUGAUGAGAAACUAACUAUAAAUGGCUCUAAUAGUAUUUUGGAUAAUUCUGGAGAAGUUAGCAACGCUUCAUCAUACCGCUUGCAUACGUCGUGUUGUUCCACAAUAUCGAACGAUAGCGAAAUCUCAUCGCUUUCCUUAUGUUUGGAUAAAGAAAUGGAAACAUAUUCAAAAUCCAUUGAUAUCGAUGAGUUGCCGGCAUUUGAAGUUCGCUUAAUUUCUCCCUUGGGACGAACUCCUUCACCCAUUGACAGCGAGGAUAUGGCAACACCAACACACCCACAUUCCAAGGAGAGGCUCAAUCCAAGUCCAUGCAUUAAUAACCCCGACUACGUAGCUCUUCAUGAUAUAAACGCACAAAUAAGCCCGCCCAGUGAUAACAAUGACCAUCCGGAGGAGGAGCAGUGCCUUAGUCGAACCAGCAGUCUAGAGACAAUAUUUGAAGGAGUGUUUUUAAACACGCCGCCACGGCCUCAAGUAAUACACAUUCAACGUUACAAUCGAUCCCGCACAAAUCUUGAAAAAGUGGUUCUAAAUCGUCUUCAGACCGGCAAAGAGAACAAAUCACCACUACAAAAAUCGGAAACGCCUAAGCUUCGACAUGCCUACGACAGUAGCCCCAACUUUCGUGCGGAAAAUAGGUUUUCGUAAAUCUUCAACCAUUUUAUUAGUAUCGUUUUGGUAUGCUUUAUUUUAUGGUAUUUCUUCAUAAGUCCUUACACUCAUAGUUCGGUGUAUAAAUAUAUAAUAUCAAUGUAUUUUUACCUUAGGAAAGUUUAUAUCGUAGUCAGUACAAUGUGCACACACCAACAGUCUUGCAUAUUCUUUUAAUGAAGUUUUGUAAUUUUGAUUUAAAAUAAAAAAAAAUGUUUUAAAAACAUUGUAUGUAUAAUA